AGCUAGCCAAGUACAUAUAUAGAACUCUCUGAUCAAUAACAACCGAGUAUAUAUAAACACAAACAAAUUAAAGAUUUCCGAAUUCCAUUAACAAUGUCAAGAAAAGUUGAAGAUGAAUCAGUACUUUCAAUAGAAACUGAUCAAACUAUAAAUGAAAAGGAUAAAGAAAAUCAAAAGAAGAAGAAGAAGAAGGAAGGAGAAGGAAGGGAUAGGGAUUUUCUAAUGGUAGCAACAACAUUCAUUGCAGCCAUGGCUUUCCAAGCCGGGACGAAUCCUCCAGGCGGCGUAUGGCAAGACGACAACAGCCCGAACUACGAAGCAGGCAAAUCCAUAAUGGCUACGAAAUCUCCUUCUUUAUUCAUCAGCUUCAUGAGCGGCGUAACUGUUUGUUUCGCGUGCUCGGCGAUGCAGUUUAUAGUGUUGUUGGGUAAGUCUUCCGAAAAAAGUUGGUCUGUUUCUAAGAGUUUCAUUUACUUCACAAUGGGGUCUGGAAUAUCAGCCAUCGUUGUUGCUUAUUGGUCCGCCAUUAAAGCUUUGACUCCCGAAGCUCAAAUGUCUCAUGUCAUUGUUAUGCUCAAAACUACUCUUGUUCUUAGUGUUGUUGUGCUCCCUAUUUCUAUGUAUAUCGAAAAAAAACGACUUGCAUCUCGUUAGAGAUCGAUCA